GACCAGCCUCUUUCGCCGGCAGCAGUCCCGCCUCGCCUCGCCUCGGGGAGCGGCUGGGGAUGCUCGAUGGGGCGGAGCCGCUCCCGCGCCCGCCGAGGCACAGUAAGGUCCCGGCGAGGCAGAGGAUGCCGGCGCUCCCCGCCGCCCUGACCAUGCUGCCGUCGCGCCUCCGCCCGGGGCGGCUCCUGUCCGCCGCGCCGCUCCGUGUGCCCGCGCCGCGGGGAGCCGCCGCCGGCGGGGAGCCCGUCCGCAGCCCGGCCACCACCCGCGCUGAACAGGCUCACAGGGUAGUUGCAAGUUACAAACCGUCGAAGUUUGACAAAAAAAUCCUCAUCUGGACCGGACGUUUCAAGACAGAAGAUGAGAUCCCUACAAGGAUCCCGCCAGAGAUGCUGGACAAGGCAAGAAACAAAGCUCGAGUUAAAGCCUGUUACAUUAUGAUUGGACUCUCCAUUGUUGCCUGCUUUGCAGUGAUAGCGUCAGCUAAAAAGGCCGCUGCACGCCACGAGUCUUUAACAAGCUUGAAUUUGGCCAAGAAAGCCAAGUGGCGGGAAGAGGCUGCAUUGGCAGCGCAGGCCAAGGCAAAGUAGCUUCCUAGGAAUUGCCCAAGGGCUGUGGAGGAGCAGAACCGCUGCCAAGAGGGAUUCCUGGAUUUCAGCAACGAAUGGACUGCUGGGGUGUUGGAAGAUACUGGAGCCAGCACAGGUUGUUAGAGGAACGCAAAAAAGAAAGUGUGGGUCUCUCUUACUAGAGAGAUACUCAAUAUGCUUGGGGCAGAGGAAGCAGAAUGUUUUGCAUGAUUAAAAGCAGUAAUUAAUUUCAAAGGAGGUGAAAUAGUGUCCUAGGAACGUCAGGUAUGUUGGGUUAGGUAUUUAGAAAACGUACUACAUCCCAAAUUUUCUGUCUGGUGAGAGUCCAGUGUUACAGCAUACCAGUCAGGCAGCUGGAAUUCAUUUGCUUCACUGCCACAUUCAGAACAGCACUUGGGUUUUCUAGCUUAAGAAGCCACGCUUACCCAAACACUAAAUAAAUACAGCAAACAUCUGUAAAAUAGGUUUUAUUGGUUUCUGUAGGUAUUUUGAGAUUUAACAUUCCGUAAUAUUGCAUACUACUCAUAAUGUGUUCUGUUACAGUAAUGGGCCUUUAGCCUGGGUUUAAAGAUGCACUAUUACUAUCUGAAGUUAGUACAGGCAUUUUAGCUUCCACACGUUAUAUGAAGAAAUUGUGCCAUAAGUAACUGAAAUUUCUCAUUUCACAUGUCAGUGAACUCUUCAGGUCACCGUUAAACUUCACAUAUCAAGUGGCAGACACGUUACAAAAAUCUUCAGCUGUACAGUUCAAAAAAUCUAAACCCACUGAGAACUAACCAUGGAGGAAAGACAAUAGUGCACCUUUUCUAUUUUUUAUUGUUUUUGUAAGACAAACCCGACAAGAAAUAUUUUCCAGUUGCAAACUUGUUCUACAGCUAAGUUAUUCCUGUGCCAACAUUAUUACUAUUUUCUGAUUGCUGCUAGCAACAGUGUUUAAAGCAAAUACUAGAAAAUUAAAAAGCUGUAUGAACCAGUCCUCAGACAAAAGUGCAAAGAUGAAAAAAAUCAGAUAUGAUUCAGUGUAUCAAGUGCAGGGAACUAAAAAAAUGCAUAGUUGCAUAGAUUAGCUAGUUACUAUCACAUUUAAGCAGAACAAAUGGUACCCUUUUAAUAAAGUCAAAACCCUGUAAUUGAUGAGGCAAUUCAGAAAACAUACAAAAUACCAAACGUGGAGAGAUUUUCUUCUCAGUUACUUCUCUUUAUCUCCACGCUGGUUUCAUCUGUUUAGGCAACACCAUCACAUUCAUACUCCUACCUGCAAACGACUGCACCAGAGCUGACCUUAAGUCAUCACCUCUGGUUUUAUAUUGUUCACUUAAGUGCUUUUAACAAAGCGUGAUGUAAAGUCUGUGAUAAAACAGAAGAGGCCAUCCUGUACAUUUAUCCUUUUCAUUAUUAGUUUUAAUCCAUUUUAGGGUAUACCAUCUGUUGAGUUUAAAUAAUGACUUUCAUUAGCCAAAGUCCAUCAAUUUUAGUUCCCUUUUAAACCAUUACAUUUAAAUGUAUCAGAGGCAUGAAAUAUAGCUUACCUAAAUGCAUAAAGUGCAGUCACUAACCAUUCACACAUACCAAAUAAUAUAUCCACAAAACUGAAGACAUUAUGUCAAAACAAAUGUAAUACUUUAAACAUCCCCUCUUUUCUUCAUUUUCAAGUCUUUUAAUUAAGAUUUUUGUAGUUCGGAUUUGGUUUAGAGAGGCUUAAGAAAUGCAGUUUUUACAGGGUUCUCCAAAUAAAAAGCAGGCACAGCUGGUUACGUUAUCAAAACAAGGUUGUUAGAAACAAUGGAAUACCCUGUUACCUGAAUAAUUUUCUUACACUAGAAGAACACUGAAGUUCAGCAUUUACUAAUAAUCCUGUUUAACUUUCAUGAUUGUUACCCUGUACUUUGAACAAAGUGAAUGGGGGAGGAAAGAAGGAAGGUCAGUAUAUGAAAACCUAAAACUAUGAGAGUAAAAAGGACACAAAUACAAUCAUCUAAUAUUCUAUGAAAAUUUGGCAGCUGUACUCAAUAGUUUCACACUGUUCAAAACUGUUGUAUGCUGUACAAAUCUAGGUUUAAAGUGUCAUUUGCUAAAAUAUCUCAUUAUUCAGAGUUCGUAAAGUAACAGCACUCCUAUAUACAUUUCUAUCUGCCACUAAAAAGACUUCAGAAAGUAGUUUCUUCCCUCCCAGUGACAUCUUAGUCAAAACUGACCAUUAAUCUUAGAAAAUCCACUUCAAGUCCCACAUUCAAUUACAAUAUAGUAUAUAUUGCUGUAACAUCAAAGUGAAACAUCUUAGAAUCUUAACUUGCAUGUAAAAAAAAGUCUAAAUAGAAAAUGGUACUGUACAUGAUACCAUCUUUAACCUGUAUUUUUCAGUGCAUUAAAACAUUGAUUAGUGACAAGCACAGUGCCACGGGCUAAGUAACUUUAAAUUGCAGCUUUUUGUGAAGCACAAAAUGCUCUCAUAUGUCAAGGAUUUCACUUAACCCAGGAGUUUGCUGUUAAUGCAUUAAUUACAGGUAAUAAAAAGUAAUCAUACUUCAGAGUUAUCCCAAAGUAUUAGUAUCUCCAAAUUAGAUAUACUACUAAUGCACCAGAAACACUACUUAUAUGCAAGUCAAAGCAGAGCACACGUUUUUCUGUAUUCAAAAUUGUUAACGUAAAUAUUAGAGUUCUAUUUCUUUUAGUGGUCAAACAGCAAACACUGUAUACUGUAGAGCCUAAAUAUUUAGAUGACAGUAACUUCUAGUUAGUUUUGGUGUCCACACACUAAAUGCUAUUUACAGUUCAACAAACUUUUCCUUCAACUGGAAAGGAGCAAUUUGCUAAUCGUUCUCCACUGUAGCAUUCCUAUUGUCUUACCAAAAGAAAACCGAGUUAAAGAACAAUUCAAGUGGCUGUAGCGCAUUUGGUCAAAAAAAUAACACCUGCUGCCUAAACUUUUAAGAAGCCACUCUACUAGAAAGGCAAACAUUGCACUGUUUCUCAAACUGAAGCGAUGUUAUCAGAUUUUGACAAGAGACAGCUGUAAACCAUCUGCUUGGUGAUUUGUGCAAAUCACCAUUUCUGUCAUUCAUAAAUCGCAGCAUUCUCAUGGUAACUACAGCAACUGCUUCCACUGCAAAGCACUGGAAGGAAUUUGUGGCUGACUUUUAAUCCCAUUUAGCAGCUUUAAUUACAGAGCUAAUUAACAUCAAAUGACCAAGCUCUCUGCUCUGACUCCAAUUUGAAAACCUCAGAAAUAGUCCUCUUCCCAUAUAAUUCAGGAAAAGCUUUUUCAAAUAUUCAGUAUUAUACUAAGUGAUCAGCAUUACACAUGUAUAUCUAUUAUGUCUUUAAAUACAUUUUAUAAAUAAAUUCCUACAGCGUGUUGUAAAGUAAGUAAUGCAUAAAAGUUUCACAAUUUAAAUAAAUAUUUUUCACAUUCCAAUUCA